UGCGCUCCGGACGCGCAACAUGAAGGAGGAGGGAGGCAGCGGAGCGCACUGAGAGAGACUCUCCAAGAGUAAGCGCUGUGUUGACGGCGUUAGAGUAUGAAGGGGUGUGAGCUGCACUUGGGGUAGAAUGGCACCCUAUCUCACCUGGAUCUCUGAGGGAUGGCAGCUUUUCACCACCACCAUCAUCACCACCAUCCGAGCGCGGACCUGCGGCGGCUCUUCCAUCGGCUCACCAUCGCGUCCUCUCUGAGCAUCCUGUGCUUCUCCUUGGUUUAUCUCCUCACCGGAUGCUGCGAGUCGGAGCUAAUAGAAAAGUCGGAAAUCAAGCCAUCCACACAUGAAUUCCUUGUGUCAGGGUCAGGAUGGCCGUACGAGAGAAACGGAUCCAGUGUGACCAAGGAGUUUACAGUCGCGGUUGGCGAAGGCGCGCUCAGCGGUUAUCCCAGGCUGGAGGCGAACAGCUCGGCGAAAGACUGGACAGCCACCCGGAGGUUACCCCAGGCUCUGAUCAUAGGGGUUAAAAAGGGAGGCACCAGGGCUCUGCUGGAGUUUCUCCGACUCCACCCAGACAUCCGUGCCCUGGGCUCAGAGCCGCACUUCUUCGACCGGCAUUACGCACGGGGACUGGAGUGGUACAGAAGUAUGAUGCCCAAAGCCCUAGAUGGCCAGAUUGUGAUGGAAAAGACACCUCGUUAUUUUGUUGCUGUGGAAACACCAGCCCGAGUCCAUGCUAUGUCGCAGGAUGUCAAGCUGAUUGUGGUUGUCCGUGACCCUGUUACCAGAGCCAUAUCUGACUACACACAGAUCAUCUCCAAGACCCCAGACAUCCCUCCCUUUGAGAACCUGGCCUUCAAGAAUCGCACCACAGGUCACAUCGAUUCUCUGUGGAGCCCGCUGUGGAUCGGCCUGUAUGCCCAGCACCUGGAGCGCUGGCUGGCAUGGUUCCCCAGGACACAGAUCCAUCUGGUCAGUGGGGAGAGGCUCAUAUCCGACCCGGCCAGAGAACUUGGUAAAGUCCAGGACUUUCUGGGGCUCCAGAGGAUUAUCACAGACAAGCACUUUUACUUCAACAAAACAAAAGGCUUCCCCUGCCUGAAGAAGCCAGAGGGCAGCAGUAAACCCCACUGCCUGGGGAAGACAAAAGGGAGAACGCAUGUCUCCAUCGACCCUGAGGUGAUGCAGAGACUGAGGGAUUUCUACAAGUCACAUAACCAGCGCUUCUAUCAGAUGGUGGGCCAGGACUUUGGAUGGCAGUGACCCUUUGACUGUGUGGAAGUUUUUGUUGGCAUUACACUGCUUUGGGUCGAAGCCUGAGUAGAUCUCCCAUUUCACUGAAACAGAUGGAGAGCAAAACAUUUAGAGGACAGACUCACUUAUCUGCCUCUGACCGGUAGAGGGACAUCUCAGAGACUUAGUAAUAAAAACCCAGUGUCAGAUCCUUCACCCCUAUUAAUCAAUAAGCUUGUUCUAGUGUUUGAAAGACAGCAGCGUCAUUUUAUCCAUCAUAACUGUUCAGUAAACGAUGUGCUUUUGUGGUAUUAAUUAAGGGUGUCCCCUCGUACCUUUCUUCUUUGGAAGGCUUACUUAUGCCUUUGCCAGGUGGGUAAAUGAAGUAUGUGUGUAAAGUUGGUCAUGAGACAGUGACCGCUAUAGGUUACAGCUGUAAAAUGUUGAAUGCUGAAAUACACAGUGUAGCUUUUAGUGUCUCUGGUUUGCAGUUUAAUCCUGAUGCUCUAGUUGGUAGGCUGUAGGGGCACAGUUAAUCCUGAGGGGAUGUAUUUUCAAAUUCCUCAAAUUUCCAUAACCUUCUUUUUUUCUGUUUGUUCCUCAGUCUCGCUGGUUAAGAAAUUAAGCAGUAUCGUCCUCUAAGCAUUGUUUUUGAAAAAGGGGAAUGAAUCUUUUAUCUGGCGAGCAGCAUAAGGAUGACAAAGAUAAUCUUUAUAUGAGCUGAGAUUUGACUGAGUGGUUUUGUAUUCUUGAAUAAUGAAUAUGGAUGAAUGGAUGUAGGGAAACUGGUAUGGAUAACUUGCCUCCUUGCCUGUUGGCACAUUAAUAGGCUUAUGGUAGCAUCUGACUGCAAAACCACCGGACUGAGUGGAGGGACCACUGGAGGACAACCAAAACAAGACUAGGUAAAAACCAAAGUGGUUGACCUACUGUAUCCAGGGCCAUUUCUCUGAACAUGAAUAUAAAAGCUUUCAAGCUUUACUGUGUUUAUAUGAGAGGGUCUGCUUAUAGGGUUGUCUGUUUUCAGUUUGCAAGUAUUUGCACUAGUUUGAAAGCAUAAAGAAUAAAGCUAUUUUUAAGCAAA